AUGAAGGGGCUGGCGUUCAGGAAGCUCGGCCGCUCCACGUCGCACAGGAACCACCUGCUGCGGAACCUCGUCACGUCCCUGCUGGAGCAUGAGCGGAUUGUCACGACCGUCGCCAAGGCCAAGGAGGCGUCGCGCCUCGCCGAGAAGAUGAUUACGCUUGGCAAGCGCGGCACGCCGACCGCGCUCUCGAGCGCACAGUCGUUCCUAUUCAACACAGGCACCAGCUUGCCGCGCCUUGCUGAGAUGGCCGCACGCUACGCGGAGCGGCCCGGCGGGUACACGCGCGUGCACCUAAUGGGCCACCGCAAGGGCGACCAUGCGCCGCGCGCGGUGCUGGAGCUCGUGGACAACCCAACAGAUGUAAAGCUGGACAUGACGGCACGCACCGUCGCGCGCGAGGCGUAUACGAUGCUCCACCGCGCCCAAAAGAACAUUGGAUGGGACGCCCUGCAGGCGCUCCUCCAGAGGCAGGCACCGGUUCCCAUCGAGUCCGACGCGCGCUUCCACCCACUUACGCGGAAGAACAUGGCCAAGCUUGUGCGCUACCGCGGCGAAGCCGCGCGCACCGAGCUCAUGCAAAAGGCCCAGCAGUACCUCGAGCGCAUGUGGGCGCAGGACAAGCUGGAAGGCAAGCGCCGCCCCGAUGCGGCGCGCUGGGAUGCCAUGGAGCUCUCGCGCCCUAGCCGCGGCCGCACACUCACACGCCCCAUGACCGGGGCGCGCGUGUACGCCGGUGAGCUCGAGACGCACGUGGCCGCGAGCGUCGGCACGGAAACCGACGAGGCGCGCCCGAUGCGCCGCCGCAACGGCACCGUCGCACCGAUGCGCCGCACACGCACGACCAAGCCCAGUGUCGUGCGCCUCGCCCAGGGCGUCUUUGCCAAGCGCCGCCUGCGGGGCACUUCGACCCCCGUGCCAUAG